CUGGCCGCUGGCCGGUUGGCCGAGAAAGUGAAGCAAGAACCUCGUCUGCAUAGAAGCUGCCGGCUGACCAAUCAGCGUUAGGAGCUUAUGAAUAAUUUAGCGGAGCUCUACACUCUUCAAUUCAGCCUGUCUAAUUAUUCGGUGUUAUUGGUAUCACGAUGUCCGAUCCUCAGCCUGAAGUCGAGGCCUCUACCUCUCCGGCCUCUCCCGUGUCUCUUCUGGGCCAGUCCUUCCCCCUUGUGCUGAUGAAACUCAUAGAGAACCCUCCGAAGAACUUUCUGGAUACAGGAGAAGUGGAAAAAGACAAGAUCAAAUUGGACAAAGAUGACAGCCUUGAUGAAAAUUCAUUGUCUGUUUCCGCUGCACUCAUGCCACCUAUUUGGGAUAAGACCAUUCCUUAUGAUGGCGAAUCUUUCCACUUGGAGUACAUGGACCUUGAUGAAUUCCUAUUGGAGAAUGGUAUCCCAUCCAGCCCAAAACGGCUUGCCCAGGCAAUUCAGAACCCACUUAUGCCAGUUGCUGAGCUAGAAGAUGAAGAGGAGACGGCUUCUACUUCUCCCCCUCCUGUGUCACCAUCGGGUUUACUACAAAUAUCUGAAAACGAAGGAUAUUCUUCCAAUGCAGACGACUCACUGAAAGAAGAAAUUGAUCCUCCUAGUCCCGUUGAUCCAGAGAAAAUAGAGGUGGAAGUAAAUUUCAAUCCAGACCCUACAGAUCUGGUGCUUUCCAGUGUGCCAGGAGGGGAGCUAUUUAACCCUAGAAAACACAAAUUUGCAGAUGAGGAGUUAAAGCCACAGCCCAUGAUAAAGAAAGCAAAGAAAGUAUAUGUACCGGAUGACCUGAAGGAUGAGAAGUACUGGAACAGACGUAAGAAGAACAACGUGGCAGCUAAGCGAUCCCGAGAUGCACGGCGACUCAAAGAGAACCAGAUUACUGUGCGAGCAGCCUUCUUGGAAAAAGAAAACACUGCGCUUCGCACAGAGGUGGCGGAACUACGCAGAGAUUUGGGCAAAUGCAAGAACAUCGUUUCCAAAUAUGAGAACCAAUAUGGACACUUUGACUUCAGUGAUUCAGAGUGAUUCUUCUUUCAAACUUUUUUUUUUUUUUUUUACGUUUAAACAUUUUUUAUGAGCAAACUUAGUCUAUUUCCUGACCUAGCAGAAGUGGAACACUUCAUGAACACCUACAUAAUCUCUACCAAUUUACAGCUGGGUUUGAACAUUGGGAUGUGAUUUUUUUUUGGGGGGGAGAAAGGAUUAAUUUCUUUUAGUUUUGAAGAAAGAAUUUUGGAU